AUGGUUGAAGACGGUGACCGGAAUGGAAUCUGGCAGAACCACCUCGUUCAGUGGGGCAUGGAAUUCCCUUCAAUUCUACACCUCAUCCUCGCUCUCUCCGCUCUUCAUCUCGCAUACAAAAAUCCCGAGUCACGCGACAAAUACAUCCGACAAGCAGAUAACCACUUCACAUUCGGUGUUCGCACAGUCACAAGCGUUCUCUCACAACUGAAUGCCGAAAAUUGCCAGAAGAUUUACAUGGCCGCGGUGCUGGUUUGUUUCAUCUACUUUGGCCGUGGUCCUCGACCGGGUGAAUAUCUUAUCUUCAGCGAUGCUGGUGCAGCGGAAUGGCAAGUGCUCAUGCGAGGUGUGCGCACAAUUGUUUCAUCCUAUCAUGCCAAGGUAUUCAGUGGAAUUCUGGAGCCAAAAGCCGAGGAAAUGGAACCCUUCUUGAGCGAUGCUAUGCGUAUUGAGCUACACGAACAUACCAUUCACGUGGAAGCAUUACAGCGACUCAUCGAUCAGGAGAUAACGGACGAAAGUACGCGCACCAUGUACAGACACGCAAUAAACAACUUGCUUGAGAUAAUGCGGGAAGUUUAUGAGAAUCGAUCAAUCGGCGACCCCGGCGUCGGCUUAAUGCAUUUGCUAAUUGGCUGGCUAUAUCGUUUGCCGUGGGAGCUGGUGGGCUUGUUGGAACAUAAAGAGCCGCGGGCCCUCGUUAUAUUGGCAUACUGGGCUGUUAUGUUGAAGUAUAUGGAUAGUGUUUGGUUUAUGAAGGGCUGGGCUGAGCAUGUAUUGUUGGGGAUAUCGGCGUGCCUUCAGCAAGAGUAUCGACCUUGGAUUGAGUGGCCUUUGCGGCGGGUGUGGCAGGAGAAUUGA